UGCAGCCAUAUUGUAAUGACGCGAUCUGCAUUAUAAAAUAUACAACAAGCACCAAGCAAUUAUUGCUGUACAUGCUCUGUGAUAUAAUACACUAAAAUAUUAAAACAAAUAGUUGUUAUUUUUAAGAAUAAUGAUAACUAUUUGUUUUAAUACUUACCUGGUUUUAAUUUAACUCACCGUAAUCUCCUCAAUUAAAAUGAAAUUAAAAAUUACAAUACAUAUCACAGUUCUGUGAAUAAAAUUAAACUAAAAAAUAAACGUUGUGAUUAACAUUUAAGGUUAAUACGAAAACUAAUUUUAUAAAAUAAUAAUUCAUUUUCUAAGUUAUUUAAAAUGAAUUUUUCGGAACAAAGUGGCAUUCAAGGACUGCCACAGUUUUCGGAAUUAAAUCCACGAUCAAAUUUUUUAUCAAAUUCAAAUUUUACUUCAACAUCGGCUCAAUUACUUGGUGGACAAAAUUCUGUUUACACUACAAGUGAUCCAGGAAAACAAUCAGUUUUGGCCAACAAUGCGAAUAAAUAUCCAGGAUCAUUACUAGCCUGGUCAAAUUCAAAUGCUCUGAUGCAAUUGUGUGAAAAACAAGCAAUCCAAACAAUAAGCAUUCCAAAUUACAGUCAAAAUAAUUCACUACUUGGUGGUAUGCCAUCAAAUAGUUUACCUGUUAGAUUACUAUCAAAUGUGUAUUUGCCUACAACCUCGCAAGCUGAUACGACAUCAACAAUAAAAUCCGAGGAAGUUAAUAGUGAUUUAAGCAACAGUAAUAUCAGCAAUAAUGAUCAAUCACACAGUCUGCAGUUGCAGAGCGCAAGUAUGGCUGAGUAUUUGCAAAAGUUACAAGCAACGAAAUUACCCCUGGCUACGUUGCAGCAGUUGAUUAAAUUUCAAACCGAGCCGAUGAAAAAAGACAAAGCUGAUAACGAUGAUGAGAGAAACGAUCAACCGAUAAAUAACAUUCUUAAUAUUCCAAGUGUACCGGGUUUUAGAAAUAAUCUACAAAAUGGUAAUCAGUAUUUAAACUCAGAUCAAUUACCGACAAAUAUUAAUCCGAUUGAUUUGAAUAUUCAUAUUGAGACUGAUCCAUUGAAUAGCAGUAGUAGUACUGCUGCAUCUAUACAACAGCCAAUAAAAGUUGAACAGCAAAUACAAACAGACUCACCUAAGACGGAACGCAAAGUUAAAUUUCGUGCUAAAUUGGGUGAGAUUAAAAUCACUACGUGUAUUGACGGUUCACUUCUUUAUUGUUGUCCUGAAUGUAGUAUGGUUUUUCAAGAAAAAUCUGACAUUGAUCAACAUAUUCAGAUACAUCUUCAGGAACGUAAGUACCAGUGCAAAGAGUGUGGUGCAAUGCUGAAGAGAAAAGAGCAUCUGGACCAGCACAUGCGAGGUCACUCAGACGAAAGACCAUUCAAAUGUCUUGUGUGUCAAAAAGCUUUUAAACGAAACGAACAUUUAACGAGGCACUUUGUAAUCCAUUCGGGCGAUAAAAAUUUUACGUGUAACAUUUGCCAGAAAGCAUUUUCACGUAAAGAUCAUUUAAACAAACACACACAAACACAUUUGGGUAUCAGACGCGGAAAAAGUAAAAAAGAUUCAGUACCGAUUGAAAUAAAAGAAACCAUUGAAUCAAUGGGUGAUAUUUCAAAACAUGAUUUGAAUUAUCUAUUGAAAGAUGGAACAUUUAUUAAACAAGAGCAAAAUUCAUUCCUACAACAUAUACAAAAUUUACAUAAAGAUCAACAAUUGAGUCAAACUUUUUCCGUUUUCAAAGAACAAGCUUUAAAGGAAAAUGGAAUUCAUCAACAACCAGCUGUCAAUAUGAAUGAAAUUUUACCCCAAAAUACAAGUACAUUGAAGUUGAAUCUAAACCACUGAAGCGUUCGAUCGAGAUGAACCAGAAGAAUGAUAAAGAUUACAAAAUGUCUCAGUCGAAUAGUAUUGAAAAUAAUUUUCUUCGGCAAUUAUCAUCGAUUUAUAAAUUAGUACAGCCAAGAAAUCAGG